AUGCCUUCCGUACAACUCACAAGAGGUUUGCCAUCUGGACGGUUAAACACAUUUGUCGAUCGUCUUUUAUGUUUACUGGAAAAGGUGUCUGAUGAAGCAUUCUGGAACAGCCUUUUUGGAGAUCGAGUUUUAAACUUGUUAAAACGAUACUUUGGUAGCGAUGUUGUCUUUUUAGGUUUUAUUGUUUAUCUUGCACCUAUUCUUGGGUAUCAAUUACAUUCCCUGUUUUAUUACAUCACCACGCAGAUAAGAGAAAGAAUGUAUGUAUCGAUUCAUAUAGGUAAAGAAGAAAGUGGAUAUGACGCGAUUCAACAGUUCGUCGCUGGUAAAACUGCACAAGUCAAGAGUCUACGUGUGGUCGAAGGUCGUUGUGUAUCUGAAGAUAGCGAUGAUAAUUAUGAUUUACAAGGUCCUAGUCCACCUCCCAAACUCCAAUUAUUUCCUUUGGAUGAGACAGAGCACAAGAUCCAGUAUAAGGAGCACACGCUUUGGGUCACCAAGAAAAAGAAUGGCAGUGUUAACAAGUCCAGUGAGAACUAUUACAGCAACAAUAUCAAGGAUUUAUUGGGCAUGAUGAACACCAACCCCUGUAUUGAGAUUACAAUGCUUGGUCAAGACUUGGGAUUAUUAAAGAGCUAUAUUCAAGAAUGGAUCGAUUUACAUUUCGAAAAGGAGAGUGGAAAACUAACCAUUUACAAGUGUAUGCCUUCACGAUAUGAAGGGAUGGAUUGGCGUACAGUGGGAUCGAAAGAGUUAAGAUCGUUUAACAGUGUGAUUCUCAAGGACGGUCAAAAGGAAGGUAUCCUGAAGGACAUUCAGACAUUCCGUCGUCGUCAGCAUUGGUAUUCAAUCCGUGGUAUUCCUUACCGUCGUGGCUACUUGUUAUAUGGACCUCCCGGUACAGGCAAGACUUCUUUGGUUCAGUCAGUUGCUAGCAAGGUCAAUAUGAAUGUAGCUAUUCUUAGUUUAUCCGGCUCGAUGAAUGAUGAAAAGUUUAAUCUGCUGUUGCAGGAGGUGCCUCGUAACAGUAUUUUGGUGAUGGAAGAUAUUGAUCAUUGCGUUAUCAACGAUCCCAACUCGGAGAACGAUACGAGCAGUGGCAAAAUUACAAUGAGCGGCCUGUUAAAUGCUUUAGAUGGAGUGAUUGCCCAAGAAGGGUCGAUGGUGUUUAUGACCUGUAACGAUGUGAGUCGAAUCCAGCCUGCUUUGCUUCGUCCUGGUCGUAUCGAUGUGAAAUUAGAAUUGGGAUAUGCCAACAAGGUGCAGAUCAACAAGAUGUUCUGGAGAUUUAUGGGCAAAGAUGAUAUUGAACAGGAUGUGCAGAUGGAGAGAAAGAAUACGGAUGAGUUGGAUGCAUUAGCGCAGCAAUUUACUGACCUGAUUCCUGACUUGUAUGUGACACCAGCUGAACUUCAAAACUUCUUUAUUGUCAACUUGAUUGAUCACGAGGAUGAAAGCAAAGGACAACAAGACUUCACGCAUUUGUUGGAUCAUGUACCUGCAUUUUUAGAGACGGUAAAACGUGAUCGUGAUCAAGCUUUAGAGCAUAAGUCUAAAUCCGCAACAAAGACCCCUGAUGUACAAGCUCCUAAAGAUACCAGUACUUUGGUUGAUGAAACGUCAAAGAACAUAUAA